AUGAGGCUUUUGCCCAGGCGCCUGUCACUAAGUGACUUUCACUCGGAUGAAACAGACCCAGGUUCUGUCUUUCAAGCUGUCCACAUCUUAUCCAAUUUAGAUGAGACUGAAAAGCCUUGCGACAAUUUCUAUCAAUUCGCCUGCGGUGGUUGGGAGGCCAAGCAAAUCAUUCCUGAGGAUAAAAAUUAUAUCUCAUCUUUUUCUAAAGCUGAAAAUGGUAUUCUUCUCAAACUCAAAUUUCUCUUAGAGAAGCGCUUGACAGGAAAUGAAACACAUUUCAUUCGCAUGUUGAAAAAGACUUACGACUCGUGCAUGAAUCUAGCAAAGAUCGAGCGACAGGGAAACAAACCUCUGAAACGAGUUUUGAAGAAAAUGGUAAGGUGGCCUUUGUCUGUGAAGGGAACGUGGAAGCCGUCUUUUUCCGACUGGUUAUACGUUCUCAUUCAGAUACGCAAGUGGGGUUACAGUCACAAUAUCUUCAUCCAUUUAUCUGUGGCAGAUGAUUUCUCACCAGAUGCGGCUCAUAUCAUACAGUUGGACCAACCAACAUUAGGAAUCGAUCGUAAACAUCUGUUGCGUGGACUGAAUGAUACCUCCACAAAAGUUUACUACGAAUUGAUGCUAAAAGUAGCUUACGUACUGAGUAAAAACGACCCUCGUCAUUGGUUGAUUCAUCACGAAAAUAAUAGAAACUUGAAAAACGUUAUCACUGAAAUUUUCGAUUUCGAAACCAAGUUGGCUAAUAUUUCUUUGCCACCUGAAGAAAGGCGGAACCUGAGAACACAUUACACUGUGAAAGAACUUAUACGUGAGGUCCCAGAGAUUGACUGGUUUAAGUACUUGAAUGGAUUAUUGGAUAUUAACAUAACUGAAAGUGAGCCCCUGAAUGUUAUGGAUAUCGAUUAUAUCAAGAAUUUCGCACAUUUAGUGAAUGAAACAGACCAGCGGAUAGUGGUUAAUUACAUGAUGUGGAGAGUUGUUCACGAAUCUUUACCCAUGUUGUCGUGGUAUUGGAGAACUCUAUCAGAAAGAUCUUCUGCUAAAGAAAUCAUACAAGAGCCACCUCGAUGGAAGUAUUGCCUCUCUACCGUUACAGAAAACUUCGGAUUAGCUCUCAGUUCUUAUUAUUUGCGACACUACUUCAAACAAGGAAGUAAGGAAUCCGUUGAAGAGAUUUAUAAAUAUAUUAAGCAAGAAAUCAUAAAAACCCUGGAAAAUCUUUACUGGAUGGAAGAACGUGACAAGAUAAAAUUGAGCUACCUGAUAAACAGCACAAAAGCAAAUAUUGCGUUUCCGAGAGAGCUUCUGAAUGACAGUUUCAUGUCCAAUUUGUAUAAAAAUUUGAGCCUUGACAACGAGCAUUUUUUCUUCAAACUGCUAAUGCUACGCAAGUGGUCAACAGAUUACUCCUUCUCUAUGCUUCGGAAACGUAAAAUAGGAGAAGAAUGGAAGAAAUAUGCAAAUAUCUUUUCUGUAGGAUACUUCUAUAAACCUUUGAAGAAACUGUUUGAGUUGCCUGCGGGUAUAUUACAACGCCCCUUCUACGACAAGGAUUGGCCAAACUACUUGAAUUUUGGAGCCAUUUUUAAUCUUUCUUCUCCUGGUUUGUCUGGUAAAGACGCGUAUGAUGGAAGCAGAUAUUGGAGCCAAAUUGCAGACACGGUUUUCUACAGGAAAGUCAAGUGUUUUGUAGAACAGUAUCAAAAUUACACAAGUUACGCUAAUGAACCACCUGAAUUUCAACUAUGGGUAAACGACACUAGUACAAAAGUAGAAUAUAUGGUUGACAGUGGAAGUCUCGAAACAGCUUAUCUGGCUUACCAAUCCUGGGUAAAUGGUAAUGAAAAAGAGAAAAAGCUGCCAGGAGUGAAGUACACACAGAACCAGUUAUUUUGGAUAAGUGCAGCAAACGUACUUUGUGAAAAGCAAAGAAAGAUGAAUCUACAAAAUAGCGAUCUCGGUGGGUCCCGCAUUCCACCAAUGUUUCGAGUCAUAGGAGCUAUGUCCAACCUACCACAGUUUGCAAGAGAUUUCAACUGCCCAGCAAAUACAGCAAUGAAUCGAAGCAAAAAAUGCCGAACUUGGAAUGAGGAAUAUGAAAUUUAAUUGGAUGUAUUCUAGUUCAAAUAAAAUAUUGGUAUACCUGGUGAAAGUUAUAUGAAUAUAUUUACCUUUCGUCAUUUGUGCGAGCAUGGUAUACCUAUUAAAUGUAAAGCUAUUAUUGAACAGCUAUGAAUUAUGAGUAAGUUCUAUUUAAAUAAAAUAU